AUGGCAGAAGCCCCUCCCCCGUCCCCGUCUCCGUCCCGUACUCACCCCGCCCGGGGGGCCGCGCCGGGGCCCGGCGGCCUCUUAGGGCCGCGUCCUCCGGCGGCGGCGGCGGCGGCGGCUGCUCCGGAGCCCCAUGUCCGUCGGUCCGUCCUCGCCUCUCCCCGGGGCCCAGGGCCCGGGGCCGGGGGGUCGGGCCGCCCCCCCGCCUCGCCGCCUCACCGGGCGGCCAUGGCCCCUUCCCCUCCCUUCUCGUCCCGUCGCCGCCUCCUCCUCCUCCUCACCUUACCCCGCCCGCGCGCAGUCCGCGCGCCGUCCGCGCGCCCCUCCCCCCGCCCCCCACUCCAGCCCGCCUCUCCCGGGCGGGGGGUGCGGCGCGAGCCCGGAGCGCGCGCGCGUGCCGCGACCGGAGGAUGGAUGGAUGGAGCGAGCGAGAACGCGAACGUGCGCGCGCGCGCCCCUCUCCCCCUCCCUCCGCGCGGGCGCGAGGCCAAGCGCGAACGCGCUCCAACCUCCUCCUCUUCCUCCUCCCGCCCCUCCUCAACACCCCGCCCUCGCCCUCCCUUCCUCUUCCUUCUUUCGCUUUCGCACGCCCAGCGACUGCUGGCGCCUACUAGAAGGGCCCGAGCGCGUGCAUCUGCCCCGCGGCCGCAGCUCGGCAGCAUUUGCUCCAGGGGGCGGGGACCGGGAGGGGCGGAGGGGCGCCACGCCGCCGUCCAAAGUACCGGCGGACGGGGACGGGGGCGGAGAAAUGGGCGUGGCUUUCAGGAGCCACCCCAGCCAAUCGCCGUGUCGUCUCGGCCUGGGAGGCCCAAUAAGAUGAAAGUGGGUGGAGCGGCGUUCAAGGUGUGCAGCCUCUUCGGUGAAGAGGCCAGACUUGAAGUGGGGCGCAGAUAGGACUUCAGGCCGAAAAACCCAUGGAGCCGAAGGGCUCGUCCGCGCCUCCGUUCUCUUGGUUUCUGGGCGGGUGUCAGCCCACUCCAGGCCUGUGAACCAACAAACGUCCGAGUUGAGGGUCCACUGCUGAAGGCGGAGGCCCGGCUGUGCCUUUCUGAGCGAGCACCCUCCCCGCCCUCAUCCUAAUUUAGAUAUCACACCUGCUCCCUUUCCUGCUUCCGGAACCCACGCUGGACCCCCCUACCUCUCCACAGCCUGUUUGGCGCUGGGCAGACCCCCCGAGUCAAUGCUGCUCCCCUGAGUGUACCCGUAUCUGCACGCUCUCGGUCGGGGUUUUAUCUUCUGGAGGAAAAAGCUUUUCCCCAGCCAUAGCAGAUACCUAGCCUGGCGCUUCCAUCUCGGUUACUCACUGUGCCUGGUGUCCUGGAACGGUAGUGUGGCAGCCUUCUCUCAGGAGAUAAGAUUGAAGGAGGAUAGUCUGAAAUCACAUACUUUUGGACCGUCAUUGGCUCUUUAGUUUUCAGUAAUUUACUUAUUUAUUUAUGUUUAUUUUCACUGGUUUCUCCUGAGAAAUUUAUUGAACCAAUUUCUUAAAGUGAUUGAGACCAGGAAUCAGGUCUGUAUUUAAAUCGGUGCACUUGGCAAAUGAAGUCCCUGUGCCUCGGUUUCUUCCGUUGUCAGUGGGUGUAAAGAUAGUACCAAUCUCAUUAGGUUGUGAUGAUAAACAAGUCAGUGCAUGUGAAACUCUUAGCUAUGUGUAAGUGCUUGUAAAUUUUAGCUAUUAUUAUUACAGUGCUCCAGGUGCUGGCAUAUAAAGAUGAAAUAAAACUCUUCAAGAAGUUCACAGUCUUGUGAGGUAGACAGACCUAUAGGAUAAUAAUUGGAAGUGUGAUAAAAACAGAGAUGCAGAGUGAAGAGGUGGUCAGGAGGAGACUUUGAAUGAUACAAGAGAAUUGGUCAGGAAAGGCUUAUUGUAGGGGGAGAUGAACCAGGUCAGGGUAGGCCGAGAUAUCCUGGAAAGUGAGCUUCAGAAGGGUAGAUGAGGCUGAAACAGAGGAAUGGGUGAUGGAGCACCAGGAGGUGAGUAGGCCAGAUCAUACAGGUACUGAGAACUUGUGGGCUUUAACCCUACAGGCAAUGAGGAGUCAGUCCUCAAGGAGAAUCUCUGACCAGGCUUGCAGUUUUAGACCACUCCAAGUGUGGAGUAUGAAGAAUACUUCAGAAGCAGUAGGUUUCUGUUAUUGAUUGUAAUGUACAGAGUAAAGUAGUGAGAGGCCCUGAGAACACGUCUAACCAGAAUGGAGAACUUCCAGGACAUGGGAAGAUA